CCUUUGUCUAAAAUAUAGCAUGGCUUUUAUAAGGUACACAAGCAACAUUUUGUGUUUUAAAUUACAGUUUCUUUGCUGAAACCUGAAUGGCUAACCUGGUUGAAUAUGUUAAUAAAUAUAAAGGAAGGCUGUCAGUUGGAAAUGAACCUAAAGUAUUGCAAAGAGCUCUUCAAAAGCUUGAUGAAGUGAAGAUGAACAUCACACUGCUUCAGGAAACUGGUGUUGGGCGAUGUGUUAAUUCUCUUCGAAAAGAUGAAGUUGUUGGGGAUUAUGCGCGACAAAUCGUGGGUAAAUGGAAGCAUCUGUUGACAAAUUCUCCUCAGAAAAGUAGCACAUCUUCUAAUCAGGAAGUAGUUUAUAAACAAAACAAUCAAUAUUGUGAUGAUAAUAAAGAAGAAGAAUAUGAUCCAACCAGGAAUUGGGAGAUGGAUUCAACUACUUCGCCACAGAAAUUUUAUAAAGCGUCACCAGAUGGUAAUAAUGAAUACGACCCAACACAAAACUGGAAGAUGAAGAAAAACAAGAAAAAAGCAAAACAAUUAAAAGAUGUCCGUCGAAAUGUGUACAAACCAGCUACAAAGGUGACACAACCAGGUGCUCAUGGAAAUAAAAAAGUUUUAAAUUAUGAGAAUUCACUUUAUGUUGAUAAUCAUGAUGACAAUGAAUAUGAUCCUUGUAAACCAAAUGUUAAGAUGAAUAAAAAGAAAAUGCAGCGAGAAGAAUCCGAUCAGUCUGAUGCAGACCACAUGGAAUUUCGUAAUGCAAAAACAAACGGUUUUGAUAUUAAGCAUGAAGUUUUAUCUGAUGAUGAAGAAACUCCAAGUGCAAAUAUCUAUAAAAAACAUGCAAAGGUUAGAAACAGCAGAGAUGCCGAUGUGAAUCAUGGUAAGACUUCAAAAACAAAGGAAAAAUAUACAGCAAAAAGAAAAUCAGCAGAAAAUGAUCCUGAAACUUCUUCUGCGAAGAAAUUUAAGAACAGUGAGCAUAAACAUAAGAAAAAAAAAUGCAAAGGUGAAGAUUUAUCUUUUGAGGCAUUUAUGACAAUGGACGUUGCAAAACCAAAAAAGAAGAAAAAAGUUGCCAAGUCAAAGCCACAGGUUAUUGCUGAGAAAGUGGCUUCAUCAAACAAAGUUGAACUACAUUUACCAGAAAUUCAGCAAACUUACCACCCGUUACCUCGAGCUUCAUUUGAUUCCCCAACCUCUGAGAAAAGUUUGCACAAAAUGACUGAUGCACUUGCAGCAGAACUACAUACGCAACGGAACACAAAACGAAUGCAGAUUUAUUCAGGAGCAAAAACUGCCUAUCUUCCAAAGAUGCUCUCGUUAUUUGAUCAGUGUAUGAACGUACUGUGCAACAACAUUGAUUAUCUUGAUGUAAUUGGAGUUCCUUAUGACAUCAUAAAACCAGUUCUUAAACGCUGUAAUGUGGAACAAUUAUAUCGAUUAGAAGACUCAAACGUUUACUUACUUGAGGAUACUGACGAACUUUGGGAAAAACAUGCAAUGCAAGAUUUUAAAAAUCAAAAACCUCAAGAACUGGAAUCAUGGAGGGAAAUGUAUUUGAGGUUGUAUGAUGCCAGAGAAGCAAAGCUCACCAAACUUACUCAUUCAAUUCAAGCGAAAGUGAUCAAAGCAAAACCCCUUGAGAAACGAACCAAGUUGGCUUAUGUUGCAAUGGGAGAAGCAAAAGCACCAAGAAAUGUAAUAAAAGCUCAACUGAAAUACGGAACUGCUGGAAAAAAGAAUUUUCAAUAUCCUUCCAGCUCAAACAAAGGAACUUUAAAUUCCAUCAAGCAAGAUGUCCGAGACAUUCGUAUGUCAGUUCCUGUUGGAGCAAUAACUGCCGCACAAGUUGAUAACCAAGAUUCACUGAGAGCUAAACGACAAGCACCGCGUGUUGCACCCAUGAUGGCAAAGACGUUAAAAAGUAUCAACAAGCUAAGGUUCCGUAGAUGACAUUAAAAGUACGAAAGGAAGUUUAUUUUAUUUACCGAAUUCCUUAUAAUGAUUGAUCUACUUUACAGAUUGUUGAAAUGCACAAUAAACAACUUUUCUUGUUUUAUUUUUAACUUAUUUUAUGUUUCUGCCUAAAGUGUUUAUUUUUAUCUUUUCUAAACAAGAAACAAAUUUAGAGGCACAAAAUAAGACCGCAGAAUUUUUGUUUUGGUGUUUGUUUUUUGUCUUAAUAAACGUGAAGAAUGGUA